AUGUGGCAUUCGGUGCUGAUUCCUGACUCUGGUCUGCGUGGGAAACCUACUCUCUCCUCCAGGAAGCCCCUCCAGACUUCCUGCGGGCCAGAGUUUGCCAAUGUCCUCUCCCUGGCUCUCUGCGGAGCGCUGGGCGAUAAAGCCCAGGAGGCCGAGCAGCAGGCCCAUCACCGCCUUACCGGCACCACGUUUUUCCGCAGCAACCGGAUGACUCCUACGGGUCACUUCGCAAGCCCCGCCCCCUCCUCCCAUGCCUCGCCCCGAGGUACUCUGGAAAAUGUAGUCCUGUCACGCGCCCACGGUGGGGUCUCGGAGGGGACCAGGGGUUGCAGUGACAGGCAACCUGGGGCCCUAACACAUGGUCAUUCCUGUUCCAGGAAGAUGAAUGCUUCCAGAUGCCUGUCUGAGGAAGUGGGGUCCCUCCGCCCUCUAACCAUGGCUGUCCUGUCUGCCUCCUUUGUCGUCGGAGUGCUGGGCAAUGGGCUGGUGCUGUGGAUGACGGUCUUCCGUAUGGCCCACACAGUCUCCACCAUCUGCUUCUCCCACCUGGCCCUUGCCAAUUUCAUGCUCUCACUGUCUCUGCCCAUCCUCGUGUACUAUAUUGUCUCCAGGCAGUGUCUCCUCGGAGAGUGGGCCUGCAAACUCUACACCGGUUUUGUGUUCCUCACCUUCUCCGCCAGUAACUGCCUCCUGGUCCUCAUCUCUGUGGACCGUUGCAUCUCUGUCCUCUACCCCGUCUGGGCCCUGAACCAGCACACUGAGCAGCGGGCGAGCUGGCUGGCCUUCGGGGUGUGGCUCCUGGCCGCCGCCUUGUGCUCUACGCACCUGAAAUUCCGGACAACCAGAAAAUGGAAUGGCUGUAUGCAGUGCUACUUACAGUUCAACUUGGAGAAUGAGACUGCCCCGAUGUGGACUCAGGAGGUCUUUGGGAGACAAAUGGCGGUGAUCAUGGCCCACUUCCUGCUGGGCUUCCUGGGGCCCUUAGCAAUCAUAGGCACCUGCGCCCACCUCAUCCGGGCCAAGCUCUUGCGAGAGGGCUGGGUCCAUGCCAACCGGCCCAAGAGGCUGCUGCUGGUGCUGGUGAGCGCUUUCUUUAUCUGCUGGUCCCCGUUUAACGUGAUGCUGUUGGUCCAUCUGUGGCGACGGGUGAUGCUCAAGGAAUUCUACCACCCCCAGAUGCUGCUCAUCCCCCAGGCUAGCUUUGCUUUGGGCUGUGUCAACAACUGCCUCAACCCGUUCCUCUACGUCUUUGUUGGUAGAGAUUUCCAAGAAAAGUUUUUCCAGUCUUUGCCUUCUGCCCUGGCCAGGGCGUUUGGAGAGGAGGAGUUUCUCUCAUCCCGUCCCCGGGGCGACACCCCCAGGGAAUGA